AUGGAGGGCGGCGGGGAGGCGCUGCCCGCCGACCUGCGGGACCUGGCGGGCAAGGUGGGCCGGCGCCCGCCCGCCGUGCUGCUCCGGGGGCUGCGGGCCGACACCGCCCCCGCGCCGCCCGCGCCGCCCGCGACACCCGCACCGGCCCGCGGUGCCCACCCGCCGCUCGCCGAACGCCUGCGGACGCUCCGCCUCGAGCUGGCUUACCUGCGAGCGGUGGACGUGAAGAUCCUGCAGCAGCUGGUGGUGGUGAACGAGGGCAUCGAGGCGGUCAAGUGGCUGCUGGAGGAGCGGAGCACGCUGACCAGCCGCUGCAGCAGCCUGGCCAGCAGCCAGUACAGCCUGGUGGAGAGCCAGGAGGCCUCCCGGCGGGGCAGCUGGGACAGCCUGCAGGACCCCAACGACAGGCUGGACAGCAUCUCCGUGGGCAGCUACCUGGACACGCUGGCCGAUGACAUGGACGAGUACUCGCACAACGCCGCCGAAACCGCCGCUGCGUCCACGGCAGGCAGAGCCCUGGCCAGGGCAGAGCAGGAUUGGGUCAGGAUCGACCUCGAGAGGGGUCCUGCAAAGCAGGAGAAGGACGCAGAGGAGCACGAGUGGCCCCACGUGGACCUCUCCCCGCCUGGGCUGCCCCAGGAUCAGUGGCUGGCCAAGGAGCCCCAGGUGGCCAAUGGGUGUUUGGGCCAGCAGUCCCCCUCUCUGGAGGCAGACAGAGACACCAAGUCACCACCAGGGGCCAGGGAGAGGCUGGGGAAGGGAAAUCCAGAUGGGAAGGCUUGGAAAGCUGAGGCUGACCUUGAGAACUGCAAACUCAACAGCAAACUGCACCUGGAGUACGAUGCCCACUGGCGCUGGCUCCAGUCACAGGAUGAUGUGACAUUCUUAUAGCCCCUGGCUUUGCCUUCCCGGUCCAGCUCUCCCAGCUGCCCACUCUGCUUCACUUCUCUGUGCUUGGGAGAGUUGGGGUGGCUGGAAAGGGGGCCAGGCUGGCUUGGUGGGUUGCACUGUUCCUCUGACGGCCCAAACAGCAUUUGGUGAUGCAGUCAUAGGGGACUGGGUGCCUACCCUGCAGCACGUUUCUGGGAGAGGAGGGGUGAAGUGGGUCCUGGUAGAUUUAAUCCUUUGCUCUAGGGUGUUGCUUGCAGGUGGCUGGACACCCCUCUGUUGUCCUUGAUGGUGGUGGUGGGGAAAUCUGGGACAGUGGUGUUCUUGGGAUCUCUUUCUCUAAUCCUCAGCUUCGUUUUGUAAAAACUGGGGACCCUUCCCCCAAAAUGACUACCCUGAGAGGACAGGAGGCACUGCCAUGCAGCCACAGCUUGGUGGCACCAGCAUGCUCAGUGUGGGGCAGGACCAUCAGCAGGGCAUCCCUGUUGGAUCUGCUCAUUUCCAUCAUUGUCCUCAAGGCCAGUGUCCAUCCAGGGCAGGGCAGACCUGGGGUUUGGCCCCAGCAUGUUGUGGAUGCUAAACCACCCUUCCCUGCAGGUGCAGCCCUGCCUGGUUUAGAUGCCUCUGUGAAUCCAGGCUGAGGUGGGGCUGGGGAGCCUCUGUCCGUGCUCUGCAGAGGAAGGAUGAUGGUGCAGGCUUCCCAAUGUGAUCACAUGAGAACAACAGAGCACUGGGUGGGAAAUGGAAAUCCAGUUCUCCAGUCUGUUCCUGGACUGUCUCCCACCUUGGGAGCAGUCCUGCAGGAUCCCUGGAUGUGGCAGCACACGUGCAGAGCCUGCAGGGCUCAGGCUCAGGGGGGCUCCUGCUCUCCCCUGACACAGUGGGGAAGGCUGGGUUUCUCCAUCUGUGGGAUGAAUGGUGCCAGGUCUCUGCCUUCUGCCAGCAACCAGAAACAUGAGACUGCUCUGUCGGGGUGGAUUUGCAGUGACUCUGCCCUGGAGACAUCUCUGUCUUUGUAGCCUUGGCUUCUGCCUGUGCCUUUUGCUGUCCCCAGCAUGCCCCUCGCUGGCUUGUAGAGCAUGGCUUGCAGCUGGAGCUGUGUGAGAGCUUGGGCUGGACCUU